AAAUAGCAUACGCACCAGCCAUUCCACCUCAACAACCACCAACCGUCCUCCCCCUUACUAACGUACAGCCUCAGCAAAAUGAAGCUUGUAAGUCACCUCCAAUCUGCGUAUAUCAUCUGAUGAUGCUAACCAAUUUCUUGAUAGAACAUCUCAUUCGUAAGUACUCGAUUGCGACGAUCGCGAACCCCCGAAAAUUCGAACUGACCAUAUCAUACAGCCCGCCAAUGGCUCCCAAAAGCUCAUCGAGAUCGAAGAUGAGAAGAAGCUCAGAGUAUUUAUGGACAAGCGGUACGAUUGCGACAAUUCCGGUGCGAAUACAAGAAACACGAAGCUGAUAUAUUGAUGACAGUAUGGGUGCCGAAGUUCCUGGCGAUAGCGUUGGAGACGAAUUCAAGGGUUACAUCUUCAAGAUCACUGGAGGCAACGACAAGCAAGGUUUCCCUAUGAAGCAAGGAGUCAUGCACCCAACUCGUGUCCGCCUUCUCCUCUCCGAUGGACAUUCCUGCUACCGACCCCGCCGAACUGGUGAGCGCAAGCGUAAAUCCGUCCGUGGCUGCAUCGUUGCUAUGGAUCUCUCCGUUCUCGCUCUCAGCAUCGUCAAGCAAGGUGACGCCGAGCUCCCAGGCCUUACCGAUGUCGUCCACCCAAAGCGUCUUGGUCCCAAGCGCGCAACCAAGAUUCGCAAGUUUUUUGGUCUCACCAAGGAUGACGAUGUACGUAACCCGUAUAUCCUUAUCGCCUGCCAGGCUCCUUCACUGGAGUUCUGCGCGGAGUGUGAGCGGAACCCGAGUGCUGAUACUAUUGGUGUUAUUCUAGGUCCGAAAGUUUGUUAUCCGUCGUGAAGUUCAGCCAAAGGGCGAGGGCAAGAAGCCAUACACCAAGGCACCAAAGAUCCAACGUCUCAUCACCCCACAACGUCUUCAACACAAGCGUCACCGUAUCGCAUUGAAGCGCCGCAACUCUGAGAAGACCAAGGAUGCUGCUGUAAGUUUAUACGCCUAUGCCAAUGCCGCAAAUCAAUGCUAAUAUUCCUCUCCAGAACGAGUACACUGCUCUCCUUGCCAAGCGUGUCGCCGAGUCCAAGGCUCAAAAGGCUGAUGCCCGAAAGCGUCGUGCUUCUUCUAUGCGCAAGUAGACUUCGGUUUUUUUGACAUCGCCUUUCAGGUGUACAUGGGUUUUGCUUUGGUGUGAAAAAAUGAUACACACAUUGGGAUACUGAGACAGACUUCUUUUGCACAUCCUCAUUAACGUAGGGCACAACAUGGGCAUAGAAUUUUCUGAUUUCCUGGAAGUUUCCUGAUGAAAUGGAUGAAUGGUCUUUUUAACG